CAGGAACAUUCACGAGACGCCGUCAGUAGCAGAGAAUACAUACACCAUUAUCAGCCACUGGCAGCAACUAAACCCAACAGAACCAUGGCGACGCAACCACCCUCAGACUUCGACGCCGAUCCUUUCACCUCUAUCUUCUCUCAUACUUCCCGAAUCCCAGACGACACUGUUUUUUUCGCAAUCUUUCCAGACUCCUCUCUCUCCAAUUCCUUCUCUUCUUCUUCUUCUCCUUCCCUUGCCCUCCAAUCCCUUCACCUCGAAAUCCUUCACUUCAUCUCGCCGUACACUUUAUCUUACAUCUGGCAACACGAACCCUUCUCUCUCUCCAUCUCCUCUUUCUCAUCUUCUUGUAUCUGCUCGUCCAAAUCUCCUCUCCCCCACCUCCAUGGCAAGCUCCGGUUCGGCGAUAACCUCGAGGACGAAUGGUUCACCGUUUUCCUGCUCUUUCUUAUUUCCAGCCAAUUCCCUUCGCUUUCCAUACGCGUAUGGGACAACGACGGCGAGUUCCUCCUCAUUGAAGCUGCUUUUCAUCUCCCUCGAUGGAUUAACCCCGAGAACAGCGUUAACCGCGUCUUUAUUCGCGGGGGCGAUCUCCAUAUUGUUCCCAAAAGCCGGUUGUCUAAUCCGAACUUAAUCGAUUCGUUGAAAUUUUUGACGUACUAUGAGAGUGAAUCGCGAGCUGCGGAUUCUAUUCAAAAAGCGGUGAAGAGCCGAAUUUCGGAUUAUCCGGAAAGAGCGAGACGAAAUACCCAUCAGGUUCGGGUUAGGGUUCCAGUAUCAGUGGCACAGGUUCUCAAGCACGAGCCUUGUUUAAUCUCUUUGGCAGUGGAGGGAUUUUACGAUAGAGAUAUUGAUACAAUGAAGUACGCAGCGAAAAUGGAGAAGUUUGUGAGCAGAGGGAGAGAGGAAGAACUGGUUUGCGUGGCGAUUAAGAUGUCGAGGGCUAUGUAUGCGCAGUUAAUGCAGCAGAAAUUUCAGGCGCCCAAGUGCUAUCCGAUGCCAGUUAGAGGAGAUGAUGCCAGCGCAUAUUUGGAGGCGGAGUUGGGGAUGAAGAUUACCUGUGGGUUUGAGAUGAUGUAUCAGCUGAGGAGGAAGGAAGGAGAGGAAGGAAAAGGGAGUACGUGGAACAAGUACAAGGACAGUUUGGUGAGAAGUGGGUACUUUGAAGGAUUGUUGCCGGGCUCACAGGAGUACAAGAGGUUAAUGGAGAAGGCUGAAGAGUAUUACCGGAAUAGUACUUUAUUUUCGAGUACCAGUGAAAUGAUGAGCGCUCCAGUGAGACGAAUUGAUGAAAUUCUUGCUGUGCCCCAUUCAGUUGAUGAUUUCCAGAGUCAGGAGGUUCCUCUUUCCGACAAUGAUUCUUGGCUUUACGAUGGAGAGAAAGAUCUGAAUGUUGCCCUUCGAGAGAGGCAAAAAGAGAUGGAUCUCUAUAAUGCUAAACACAAAAAGAAACAGAAGUUGAAAGAGCCACAGGAUGCUGGUCCUUCAUCUGAUGCUGACUUUGGUGAUUUUGGUCUUGGUGAUAUUGCAAAAACCAUGCAAGCAUUUGUGGACAAGAUGUCAAGCUACAAGGGAGCAGAGGUUCCUGAAAACAGGAAUCUGAAAGAAGUGGACCUUGAUGCGGAUCAAUUCUUUAAAGACAUGGAAUCAGUGAUGAAGCGUCAUGGACGUCAAGCUGAUGCUAGUGAUGUUGACACUGAAGAAGCAUCCUCAUCUGAUAUGGAUUUUGAUGAGUCUGAAGAUGGGAGUGAUAUUAUGGAAGCCUCGGAGGAUAAUGAGGAUGGAGAGGACACUUUCAUGCACAGAUAUUCAGAUGCUCUGAAUGAGGAACUGAAGGACACCACCCUUCAGAAGAGCUUUGUUCGUGCAAAUGAUCACUCCAACAAAAAUGAGGGGACAUCAAAUGCUGGGAAGGACAUGGAUGAAGAAUUCACUCCAGUAGAUGUUGAUGUUAACUUGGUGAAGAGUCUUCUUGAUUCCUUUUCUUCCCAACAAGGACAAGCUGGUCCCGCGUCAAAUCUGCUUGGGCUCAUGGGUCUGCAGCUACCACAGGAUGGCAACAAAGGCAAAUGAAGCUAUCUACACUUGGUUUAUCUGGUGCAAUUGAGGGGAGGUUCAAAACAUUGAUAUUGUUAGAUGACCCUCUUGCAUUAACUUCAGAAUCAAUUGGGUAUCUUAGGUAUACUUUUCUUUGUUGACGAGUAUGUAAAUAGAGGCUACAUCUAUUGGGUAUUUCAAUCUAGUCGUAGUUGGAGAAUUGCGUUGCU